UCGGCCCGUCAGCAGGAUCCUCCUCCUCCUCCUCCUCUCUCCUUCCUCUGCCUCUCUCUGUCUCUCUUUCACUCCACUGAUCCUGUUUGUCUCAGGCCACUGAGGAUGGAGACGUCGGUGAAAGCAGCUGAAGUGUUGGUGCCCCCCCAGCCUGAUGUGGCGUCCUCCUCCCCGGACGCUGACAACACUGAGGGCGAGGUGGUGGCUCCCCCUGCGGUCUGCGGCUCCCCCUCCGACUCCUUCGACCCCAUGGAGGAGUUCAGCAGGCGGCUGGAGGACAUCAUCAGCACCUACGGCUCCGCGGCCAGCGUCCUGGACAAACAGCAGAGUGUGGUGGAGGUGGAGGCGAAAGAUGACGUCGCAGUUCCUGUGGAGACAGAAGUCUCUCUCAUCAUGCAGAGUCUGAGCAAACUCUCGUCUCCUGAAGAGAAACUGGAAGAUCUGGUCAGGAAAUAUGCUGAACUGGCAGCCCUGCGGCGCUCUGAUGAGAAGCAGAUGUGUGUCCUGCAGCAGAAGUUUUCCGUCCUGCUGGACGAGCGGCAGCAGCUGCAGGCUGAGAGUCGCAGCAGCAUCGCAGCUCGCAGCAAACUGGAGACUCUGUGCAGAGAGCUGCAGGGACACUACAGCGUGCUGAGGGAGAAGACCCUUCAGCGCUGCAGGGAGGAUGAGGAGAAGAGGACGGAGAUGGCCAACCACUUCCAGAUGAUGCUGAAAGAGAUCCAGACUCAGAUCGAGCAGCACAGCGCCCGGAACGACAAGCUGUGCCACGAAAACAGCUACCUGACAGACAAGCUGGAGGGUCUCAUGAACCAGUGCGAGCUGAGGGAGGCGAAUUUGGAGAAGAUCAACGAUCACCGCGAGCUGCAGCACAAACUGACCGAAGCCAAGCUGCAGCAGGCCAACGCUCUGCUGGCGGAGGCCGAGGAGAAGCACAAGAGAGAGAAGGAAUAUUUGCUUAGGGAGGCUAUUGACAAAACAAAGAAAUGCUUCGCUAUGAAGGAGCAGGAGCUGGCCAUGAAGAAGAAGCUGACCCUCUACGCUCAGAAGUUCGACGAGUUCCAGGAGACGCUGGCCAAAAGCAAUGAAAUCUACGCCCGCUUCAAAAAAGAGAUGGAAAAUAUGUCACAGAAGAUGAAGAAAAUGGAGAAAGAGUCAAAUAUUUGGAAGACGAGGUUUGAGAACUGCAACAAGGCUCUGACUGACAUGAUUGAAGAGAGAACCGAGAAAGGCAAAGAGUAUGACCUGUUCGUCCUGAAAAUUCAGAAGCUGGAAAAGUUGUGCCGUGCCCUGCAGGAUGAGAGGGUGGUCCUCUAUGACAAGAUCAAGGAAGUCCGCCACGCUAACACCAAUCUCCCAUCAAAGAUCUUUGGCAGCUCUUACCCGGAUGACCUCCCUGACACUGAGGGUGCUGACAAGAAUUCCCCGAUGACAUCUGCGGAGCUCCAGGAGGAGGACUUGGUCUUAACAGAAGACAUGACCCGUCUGAAGGAGGAGCAGGCCAAGCUGCAGGAGUUUGCUGCCUCCCUUUUGGCCACACCCAGUGAUGAUGAUGACGAUGAAGAGGUAAAUCAUGAUUUACACCUUGAAGAAGACGUGGUGGCUUCUGCAUUUGUCCAGUUCAAAACCAAACCUCAGGUCAAAGAGGAGGCGGUUUCAGUCCCGGAGGUGGUAGAAGUGAAAUCAGAGGCAACAGAAUCAGUUCUCCCAGAAGCUCCAACACCUGUAGAGAACACUUCUGAAAUGACACCAGCAGACGCAAAACCAGAAGCAGUACCAGCUCAACCCCAGGUGGAGGACAAAGAGGUGCAACCAGUUAAACCAGAUGAGGGGAUCCAGCAGCAACCUGCUAAACCAGAGCCAACACCAGAGCCUGAGCAAGUCCAGAUCAAUCCACCAACAGACCUGAAGCCAGAAGCAGCAGAGGCUGAGAUCUUGGUCCAGCCAGUUGAGGUAAAACCAGUGAUCCCAGUGGAAGGAAAGAUGGCCCAGGCUGAACCGGUGGAAGCACCAGAAGCAGCACCAACCACAUCAAAGUCAGAUCCACCCUCUGAAAACUCACCUGAAAUGACUCCCUCCUCCAAUUCUGACGCCUCCAAGAAGCAAACACCAAAGAAAAAGAAGAAGAGGAACAGCAAGAAUGCUAGCUAAAGUUUAGCAUCUGCAGAGGGUGUGAGUGUGUGUGUGGUUGUGUGUGUGUGUGUGUAUGGGGUGUGGUGUUAUUUGGGAAUAGUGGUUGUGUGCAUAGCUGAAAUCAUACGGUGCUUUUUGUGCCUUAUGUAAAUGUUAAACUCUUCCAUUUGUCCCAAUUGGCACAGCUGAAGUGUUGUCACUGUUGUUUCCUCAGAUGAGGACGGACAAAUAAAUCGACUGUAUUUUACAGUUUGAAUGUCUGUGUGAACAUUUAGUUUGUCCUGGUAAAGGGAAUGAAAAAAGUCAUGAAGUAUAUCAUUUGAAUAAACAUCAAAGAAAGCAAGAUUUUUCUGUCAGAAGGAUUUUAUUAGUGUUAACAAAGUGCCACAAAGAAUAAACUUUUUUUCCUAAUGGAAAUCAAAAUGGUUGUAUCUAGGCCAGUAAAAUCGCAGUGUCUCUUUUAAACUAGAAAUCACAAUGCAUUGCAACAACUCCAAUAAAGUGAUUUUUC